CGGAGCGGGGGAGGGGAACCCUUGGCGAGACUCGGGCCGUCGGGUUGCGGCCUUCCCACAGUGUCUGGUCUUCACCCUGCCGGGCUCUCGUCUUACGCAACUCACGGCCGGAGAGCUGGCGCUUGGUGUGCUCCGGUCACGGCCAUCGCCGUCCUCCCCUGAGGAGCCCGUCCAACCCUCGGGAAGACUCGCUGUCGCUAGCAGAAACUGAGGCCCGAAGGGCGAGGCUGUCUGGGUCUUGCUCAAGGCCGGUUUGCGGACGCCUAGCCUCCCGGCCCCCAGCUCGAAGACGCGGGCCCGCCGUGGCCCCUGGCCGGGCGCCAGCCACUCUGCCGUGUCCGGGCUCAGGCCGGGGGCGGGGCUUGGCUGGGCUGGUCCAGGAUGCGAGAUCCUGGAGGAAAGAAGCGCGGUGGUGGCCCUCCGGGCGGCCGGCGGCGGGCUGGGCCUCUGGGAACAGGUAACACUGAGGUGGGCCGUUCCUCUGAGCCAGACGUCAGGCCGCCGGAGGCGAGAUCCCCGGGGGCAGAAUGGAUUUCCGAACCCCCGACCUGCUGGAUGCGUGGCUGGAGUCCCCAGAAGAUGUUUUCUCAACAGGGACCUUCCCGGAGCCGGGACUGCACGGCCCACCUCCGGAGGCCCCGGGGGCGAAGCUCCAAGAACAGGGGCUGCGAGGCUGGGAGCCCAGUGGGGGCCGUGGCUGUGGCCUUCGAGACAGUGAGCCUGAAGACUUCCUGAAACUUUUCAUUGACCCCAAUGAAGUGUACUGCUCAGGAGCCUCUGCCAGCAGCGACAGUGGCCAUCCAUCUGAGGACCCUGGCCGUCCAGACAGGCCUCCCGCCCCUCAAGCACCCAGUCCCCCUGCUCUCUACGAGGUGGUCUAUGAGGCAGGGGCCCUGGAGAGGACGCAGGGGGAAGCUGGGCCAGCUGUAGGGUUCAUCUCUCUCCAGCCAGGUCAGCGGAGCCCACAACUGACGGUGCCUGAUGCCUGCGUGGUCUGCGAGCUGCCCUGUGAUGCUCACGACACCCUGCCCGGAGCAGGCACUGUAAACCCAGUGCCUCCUGCGACCCUGAAGGCACGCAGGGAGCAGCCUUGUGUGAUGGGAAAGACAGGACCCUCCCCCACUGUCCGCUCACCCUCUCCUGUUCUCCACCAGCUGCCCUGUCAGACCUUGUUCCUGACAGAAGAGGAGAAGCGUCUGCUGGGGCAGGAAGGGGUUUCCCUGCCCGCACACCUGCCCCUCACCAAGGCAGAGGAGAGGGUCCUCAAGAAGGUCAGGAGGAAGAUCCGGAACAAGCAGUCAGCUCAGGACAGUCGGCAGCGGAAGAAAGAGUACAUCGAUGGGCUAGAGAGCAGGGCCGCUGCCUGCUCUGCACAGAACCAGGAACUGCAGAAAAAAGUCCAGGAGCUGGAGAGGUGCAACGUCUCCCUGGUAGCUCAGCUCCGCCAGCUGCAGCUGCUGGCUGCCCGGACCUCCGACAAAGCUGCCCAGACCAGCACUUGUGUCGUGAUCCUUCUUUUUUCCCUGGCUCUAAUCAUCCUGCCCAGUGUCAGCCCCUUUCAGGGUCUCCGGGAAGCUGGGCCUGAGGAUUACCAGCCUCAUGGAGUGGUUUCCAGAAAUAUCCUAAGUCACAAGGACACGACAGAAGGUUUGGAGACCACAGUAGUAGAGUCCAGACCGGGGGGGCCACUUAAGGCCAAGGGUGAAAAUGGCUCAACAAGGACACUGCUCGAGAAGAUGGGAGGGAAGACAGGCUCCAAUGGGCACGCAGGAGCUGUGCUGCAUGCAGAAGAGAUGUGAACCCACCUGCUUCCCGGCCACAAGAAGGAAUCCAGGAUCCCUCGUGGCUCUUGCUCCCCCUGGGUUUCCCAUUCAGAAUUCUUUGGCUUCAGGGGUCUGAAUCAUUUCUGGACGUCCUAAAUGUCUGUACCCCGAGGCACAGGCUACAUGAGGCAUUUCAAAUACUUUAUACAUCUGCAACUUUAUUUCUUCUUUGGGGUUAGGGUUGAGGGGAAACAGGUUUUGGCUGAGAAAUAAACUUUUUUGCUGAAAUUGUA